UAUGCAUGGAUGCAGUGGGGAAGGAGGGCUCCACUACUGUUAAAAAUAACUUAACCUUUUUCUUGAUAACGCAGGGAAAUCCUUUAUGGAUUUUAAUUAGUUUAUUACGUAAAGGCAGACAUUCAUUAAUACACCGCAUAUAAACAACAAGUGCUUUUAUCUCAAGAAGAGAUUUUAUUUUACCGGCGACUUCGCGGUUGCACGAUACACGUGUUAUAAGGAUAAUUUUGAUUUGGUUGUAAUUAUUAAGUGUGGUGGUGAAUAUUAUAUCCUUAUUCAUUGGAUUAGCUGUGCCAUCGCACACCGAGGGUCAAGGAUACGGGCCUGUUUCAGACAACUUUCCUCGUUGGAUGAUGAAACGUGAAUGAAGUGGCGGCCGAUAUACGUAGCCAAGUAGUACGUUUGCAAUUAUGAAAACGAUGAUAGACAGUGCGACGAGGUAGAAAAAGUAGACCAAACAAGCGUUGCGACUCUUCCGAAAAUGUCAGAUAAAGAAGCUAGAUGGAGCGAGAGCUCAAUAAUAACUAUGCGGGAGGAAGAGGAAAGGUUGAGGAAAUAUAUUAGGGAAAAGACUAGGAAGCGUAAAGCUAUAGGAGCGCGAGCGAAGCGUGUCCAAUUAUUGCGUGAGUUUAUCAACAAUAUGAGUCCAGUUGGCUCCGACGAAGAGGACGAAGAUGAAGACUCGAUGAAGAAAGCUGAAGAGGACAUGAAUAAGAUGUUCAGCGAAUAUUCUUCCCAAAGGAAUAAGCACCGCGGAACAAUUAUCCAAGAAACCUUGGUGGACAACUAUAACGAAUCAAUAAGCGAGGUAACCGCAUCCAUAUACAUCCGUGAUUUAAAGCAAUAUGGUAAUCCAGAAAAUCGUCCGUCGUACAGAUUGAUAUUCGACGUUAUAAAUAACGAGGUACGAAGAUACUUUCAAAUAAUUACUCCGCAGGAGGCGGACAAUAUGAAAUCCUUGUGUAAAACUGAUACCAGAGUAUUAGGGGAGAUUGCGAGUAUACUAAACAAAAUUAUGGAGAAACAACAGGUCGAGCCGAAAACCAUACAAACCUCAACACAACCACAAGAGGCGGCAACAACGACUUGCUCCACACCCAAGAGUCCAAACACACAGACAGCGAUACCGAAGGUGAUUCUAACUCCCACUCAAAUUUCAACAUCGGCAAAAUGCCCAAUUCAUGGAAAAAUGGAGGCUGUGAUAGACUUAGCAAAUAAAACCACACCGCCCAAGGACAGUCCAAUGUACGACUUAGUGUCGUCAUCUGAGGGCAAAGCCAUCAAUGAUCGAGACGAGACUUAUACGCAGACGAUAAAAAAAAUUAAAUUACUCAAUCCAAAGGAAAUCAAGAAAAAAAUGGGAAGGCCAAAGAAGGUUAAGCAGCCUAACCAAUAUACAAAGAAAAAAGACCAGGAUUCUACUAAACAAGAGCCAAGGGUGACGUCAGUACAAACAAUAACAAAAUCAAUACGCAUAGACGGCUGAGAAUACACGGAUGACGCUAGAAGUUCUGAGGAAGGUGAUGGUGGUCGAGGGAUCUGGACCAGUCGCAGCAGAGGGGGUGCCACAGUAGCUUGCCCAAGAAGAGUCCUCCAAUACCCAGUAGAAUCUACCUGAAAUAGAAAGAAAAUAAGUUAAAAAUGUAUAAAGUAGAGUUAAGUUACGAUUAAGUUUUAU